AUGGAGGACGCCUACGCCAGAUCCGUACCGGAGGUUCUGGAUUUCUUCGGAGUGGAGCCGUCGAAGGGAUUAACUGAUUCGCAGGUUGCACUUCAUGCCAAAAUUUACGGCAGAAACGAGCUGCCUGAAGAGUCAAGAACUCCUUUCUGGAAAUUGGUUCUGAAACAGUUUGAUGAUUUGCUUGUUAAGAUACUGAUAGCUGCUGCAAUAGUGUCUUUCAUUUUGACUUUGAUUAAUGGGGAGACUGGCCUGACUGCCUUUGUGGAGCCUUUUGUUAUUCUUUUGAUUUUGGCUGCCAAUGCUGCAGUUGGGGUUAUUACAGAAACAAAUGCUGAAAAGGCUCUUGAGGAGCUACGUGCCUAUCAAGCUGAAGUGGCGACUGUGCUGCGAAAUGGGGGUUUCUCCAUACUUCCAGCAACGGAGCUUGUUCCAGGUGAUAUAGUUGAAGUCACAGUGGGGUGCAAGGUUCCAGCUGACAUGAGAAUGAUUGAGAUGUUAAGUGAUCAGUUGCGCGUCGAUCAGGCAAUCCUAACUGGUGAAAGCAGUUCAGCUGAGAAAGAGCUCGAGUCAACUGUUGCAACCAAUGCUGUAUAUCAAGACAAAACGAAUAUUCUUUUCUCGGGUACUGUGGUGGUAGCAGGCAGGGGAAGAGCUGUGGUCGUCGGAGUUGGUGCUAAUACUGCUAUGGGGAGCAUACGAGAUUCAAUGUUACAUACUGAUGAUGAAGCUACGCCCCUUAAGAAGAAGUUGGAUGAGUUUGGCAGUUUUCUCGCUAAGGUCAUUGCAGGGAUUUGUGUGCUAGUAUGGAUUGUAAACAUAGGUCAUUUUCGCGACCCCGCUCAUGGAGGUUUCUUCGGAGGUGCGAUCCAUUACUUCAAGAUUGCAGUUGCACUUGCAGUUGCCGCGAUUCCUGAAGGACUUCCUGCUGUUGUUACCACGUGUUUGGCUCUAGGAACAAAGCGCAUGGCUCGGUUGAACGCCAUAGUCCGGUCUUUGCCAUCUGUCGAGACUUUAGGUUGCACUACUGUCAUUUGCAGUGACAAGACAGGAACUUUGACUACAAAUAUGAUGUCUGUCUCAAAGAUAUGCGUUUUGGACUCUUUUCACCAUGGUCCAUUGAUCACCGAGUACAGUGUUAGUGGGACCACAUAUGCUCCAGAAGGAAUUAUAUAUGACAACAAUGGAUUGCAGCUUGAACUUCCAGCUAAGUUGCCCAGUCUUUUUCACCUAGCCAUGUGUUCAGCUCUUUGCAACGAGUCCGUCCUGCAAUACAAUCCAGACAAAGCUUGCUACGAAAAAAUUGGGGAAUCAACUGAAGUUGCACUACGGGUUCUAGCAGAGAAGGUUGGUCUCCCUGGUUUUGAUUCUAUUUCUUCUGCACUCAACAUGCUUAGCAAGCACGAGCGUGCAUCUUACUGUAAUCAUUAUUGGGAAAAUCAAUUCCGAAAGGUUUCUACGUUGGAUUUCUCUCGUGAUAGGAAAAUGAUGAGUGUCUUAUGCAUUCAAAAGCACACCCAAAUUAUGUUUUCUAAAGGUGCCCCAGAGAGCAUUUUGUCAAGAUGUUCGCAUAUCCUCUGUAAUGACAGUGGAUCCACAGUUCUUAUGUCUGCUAGCAUUCGGGAUGAAUUAGAGUCAAGGUUCCACAGUUUUGCAGCAAAUGAAACUUUGAGAUGCCUGGCCUUGGCCAUGAAACUGAUACCAAUGGGGCAGCAGAGCCUCUCUCCACACGAUGAGAAGGACCUGACUUUCAUUGGGCUGGUCGGAAUGCUUGAUCCACCAAGAGAAGAAGUGAGGAAUGCUAUGCUCUCGUGCAUGUCUGCUGGUAUACGCGUCAUUGUUGUAACGGGUGAUAACAAGUCAACAGCAGAAUCACUUUGCCGGAAGAUUGGUGCUUUUGAUCAUUUGGAAGAUUUUACUGGGCAUUCGUAUACAGCCUCAGAGUUCGAAGAACUUCCACCUUUGCAGCAAACACUUGCUUUGCAACGCAUGGCACUUUUUACUAGGGUGGAGCCAUCUCACAAGAAAAUGCUGGUGGAGGCUUUGCAACAUCAGAACGAAGUGGUGGCAAUGACUGGUGAUGGGGUAAAUGAUGCACCUGCCCUUAAGAAGGCAGACAUUGGUAUUGCCAUGGGAUCUGGAACAGCUGUUGCAAAGAGCGCAUCUGAUAUGGUGUUGGCCGAUGAUAAUUUUGCUUCUAUCGUGGCGGCUGUUGCAGAGGGGAGGGCAAUUUAUAAUAACACUAAGCAGUUCAUCAGAUACAUGAUCUCCUCAAAUAUCGGUGAAGUUGUUUGUAUCUUCGUUGCAGCUGUACUAGGAAUACCGGACACCUUAGCUCCUGUCCAGCUGCUCUGGGUGAAUUUGGUGACUGAUGGCUUGCCUGCAACUGCAAUUGGUUUCAAUAAGCAAGAUAGUGACGUUAUGAAGGCCAAGCCUCGGAAGAUCAAUGAAGCAGUUGUUAGUGGAUGGUUGUUUUUCCGAUAUUUGGUGAUUGGAGCCUAUGUCGGCCUGGCCACAGUUGCAGGGUUUGUCUGGUGGUUCUUGUACUCAGAUGGCGGUCCUAAAUUACCAUAUAGAGAACUGAUGAAUUUUGACACAUGCCCGACAAGGGAGACAACUUAUCCAUGCACCAUAUUUGAGGAUCGACAUCCAUCAACUGUAUCAAUGACUGUGCUUGUUGUUGUUGAGAUGUUUAAUGCUUUGAAUAAUCUCAGCGAAAAUCAGUCUCUUCUUGUUAUUCCUCCCUGGAGUAAUAUGUGGCUUGUGGGUUCAAUCGCACUAACCAUGCUCCUGCACGUACUAAUCUUAUAUGUCCCUCCGCUGUCUAUUCUUUUCUCUGUGACACCGUUGUCUUGGGCUGAAUGGAAAAUCGUAUUAUAUCUUUCGUUCCCUGUUAUAAUUAUUGACGAAAUCUUGAAGUUCUUCUCAAGAAAAUCUUACGGUAUGAGGUUUGGUUUUCGGUUCCGAAGGAAUGAUUUGCUCCCCAAGAGUGAACGACAUGACAAGUAA